AAUCAAGAUGGCGGCUGAGGAGGCUCCACAAAACACUCCCGAGCUGGACAGAAGGUGGACGACAUGCAGCGUGUUUACUAGCAGAGACACGUCAAACACAGGCCAGCCGGUCAUCUUCAACCCAGACUUCUUUGUGGAGAGGUUGAGAUAUGAACAUCCACAGACGUUCACUGAUCUGGUCCUGGCUAAUGUCACCCGACUCAUCGACCUCCCAGGAGAUGAGUUCGCCCAGCUUACUGGGGACUGCGAGCCCAAGGUGCCUUCCUCCUCUGGUUUCCUCCGCUCUUUCAACUUCCUCAAACGAAAAGAAAAGGGGGUUGUUUUUGGUGCACCGUUAACUGAAGAAGGUAUAUCGCAGAUCUAUCAGCUGAUUGAAUACCUGGCCAAAAACCAUCACAUAGAGGGGCUGUUCCGUGUGCCAGGCCACAGCCUGCGGCAAGCAGCUCUAAGAGAGAUGCUGAAUGCCGGGGCAGAAAUCGAUCUCGAGACGGGCGACUUCCACCCCAAUGAUGCCGCCACACUGCUGAAAACCUACCUGGGAGAGUUGCCUGAGCCCCUGCUAACACACAGACACUAUAAUGCUCACCUUAAGAUUGGAGAGCUGACCCACUUUGAUGAAAAGGGAGAUAAAACAAAUGUGCCAGACAAGGAACGCCAAAUUGAAGCUUUUCAGUUGCUUUUCAUGCUGCUUCCACCCGCCAACCGCAGCAUGCUGAAGCUCCUGUUGGACCUGCUCUAUCACACUGCUCGCCAUCAGCAUGUCAAUAAGAUGUCUGCCAUCAAUCUAGCAACUAUGUUUGCUCCACACAUCAUCUGGCCCAAAAAUGUGAUGGCAAGUGAUCUUCGGGGAAACAUAGAGAAAUUAAAUAAUGGUGUUGCCUUCCUCAUUAGGCACUCUCAAAAGCUGUUCAAGGCCCCCGUAUAUAUCAAAGAGUAUGCACGCGUGUACUUCACCGGAUCCAAAAGUCUACAAUCAAAGGAUGACCUGACACUUAGAUCUCGGACCAAAGACCCCCGGGCUUUGCUCACACCCACCUCCAAUCUUUCUCCUUACACAAGAAAGAUUGUAGGUGAAGUGGGUGACAACAUUGUGAGCAGGUCAACAGAGACUCAGACAUGCACUGAAUCAGCUCUCCGAGAGCUUUACCAGCAAGUCAGCAGCAUGCCCGAGUCUGCCAAGAAGAAGAAACUCAUCAGACAGUUUGAAAAACAGCCUUUGGUGACACCCUCAGCUGACCCUCGGACGCCAUUCAGCAGGAAACACUGGCGUUCCCGCUCUUUAGGGGGAAUUAUCAAGAGGAAGGUGUUGGGAAGCCAAAUAUUAACAGGGAAGGAAAACGGCAAAGUGCAGAGGCCUGCAGCCAGAUGCUCAGUUGACACCAACAGUGGAGGAGACUAAUACAACUGAGGAAACCUCCAUCAUUGUAUUACACAAAUGAAAGCGUGUAAUACACCAUGUAGUUUUUCAUUCCAUAUUUCAGUCCGUUUUUUAAUUCAUUUUUUUAUUUUUUCAAGUUUUAACCUGCGACCAUAAGGAAGUCACCAGAUUUCCUUUCUUGACAUUUUUUGUAACCUAAGGGACAUACAGUAAUUUGUUUACCUCAUUAGUACGGGUGCUAAGUUUUGUCAGCCUCAGAAGUGUUUAGAUACAAGUAAAACCAGAGCUGUGCCUUAAAAUGAAUUUAUCUUAAAUUACUCUAUGUUGCAAUUUCUAUUUAAUAUUAAGUUUUAUGCAAUUUUUAAGUUUCCCAGAUAUUCCAAGUAUGCCUGAAAUGGGAGAUGUCCAAAGGUCAGUUUUUAUAUAUCUUUUUACUACUGUGAUACUUUUUUUUUUUAACUUCUCUUCCUUUUAAGUCACUGUUUUUUUUUUUAAGAUUUAUACGCAGCCUUGUCUGUAUGCAUGUAUGCCUCAUACACAUUUUAGAGCUGUGAAAGAGUUGUUUUUUAAUUUAUUUUUACUUUGCAGGUUGAGUGCAACUUAAGUUGUGUGUAAUGUCUUAACCAGGUGCGUCCUGUUUGGGAUUCGAACCACUAUUGCUUGUAAAAAGUUCUUCUCUGUCAGUCAGUUGUGGUUUCCGGUUCCAUGUCCGCCGUGCCUAGCUGUUCCAAUACAAGGACGAUGUGGCACACUCUUGCUGGACUGUUGGCUGGUAACACUGAUGCUACUGUGAAAUCCAACAACAAACUGAUUAAAAUACUUCAAGUGCCACGUGCUUGUUUUUUUCUUCUUCAGUAUAGUUAUAGUAUGUUAUUUCUUCUAUGGAUUUAUUUUAACUACUUAGGUAAUUAUUAUACGGUACUGUACAUCAUUUUAUUUUGGCCAAGUGACACUUCUAAAUAUAGCCACCAGGUGCUGCUCUUACGUUUGAAAUGAAUCGCUAGUAAAUAGAAUACUGUACUUGUAUCUUUUUAUUAAAU